UGCUGUGGAUAGGCGGGAUUUCCGUUGACAUGCGGAUGACCCUCGCGCGUCCUUCUGCGGUAGCUAAAUCGGGGUUGAGGAAGACUUGCUGAAAUGGGUAGGGAGGACGAGAAGGCAAUUGAGGGCCGCCGGGACGACCCUGAGGAGGAAGAAGAGGAAGAAGAACUUGUGGAUCCUUUAACAGUUGUCAGGGAAGAGUGUGCAAAGAUAGAACAAUGUGCAAAAGCUCUGGAACGUUUAGAGCAGUGUAAUACUCGGGUAUCGUCCAGAUCUCAAACACUGGAAGAGUGUACAGAGGAGCUCUUCGACUUCCUGGAAGCUAGAGACCAUUGUGUAGCUCACAAACUCUUCUCCAAACUGAAAUAAAUCUUUAUUCAAUCAUGUCAACUUCUUCAUAUCUGAUGAAAACUUUGCAGUCGUGUGACCUGCUUCUAUGAAAGAUUGAUCCUUUUUUUUGUUUGAUUAUUGCAUCAUAGUACUUCUGUAUUCUGUGGACGAUUUGCAGUGUUAACAGUUUCUGUACAUUUCCACAUUAAACAUUUACUGUAAAAAAUAAAA